CUUAGACAAAUACAUCCUUAAUAAAUAGUUAUUACCUCCAGAAGUCCACCUACUAUGUCAUUUUAUCCGUUUUGAUUCUUAUGUUAGAAGUUCCAUUCAUAUUCCCUCUCCUUUUUAUAGCGAGUGCCCUUCUCUUCUUCUUCCGGUUCCUUCCCGCCGGAGCUGAGUUGUUCGGUAACUCGCCGGAUUCCACGUCCCUGACUCUGCCUAGCUCGCUCUCCCGGCGCCAUCUCCGAAGUAAGUUUUCCCGGAUUCCAGUCGCUUCAAUCAAUCCCAAAUCCUAAUGUAGUUCUGCUCCUUCCUCAUGGAAAACAAAGCUCUGAGAUUUGAAAUUCAAACUUCUGAAUGCUUACGGGGAAAAAAAUGGAAAUUCCAUAGCUAUCUCUGCUGAAUUUUCUAUUUCUUAGGCUAAAAACUGGAUCUUUAUGCUCAAUAUCCAGCUUCCCAUUCAUUUCAAUUGUGCCCCAAACUUGCCCUUUAGGAGAAUUUUGGUACAUUUUGUAUCAAGAGUUGUUAGGGUUUGGAGAAAAUUUCCCCUCUUUGCUAACGGAUGGUGUUAAUGUAGGGGGUUUUCCCCGGCAGCAAGAAAAUGGCUGAGGGAGAUGAGGAGAUGCCAAGAGAUGCAAAGAUAGUGAAGUCUCUGCUGAAAUCAAUGGGAGUUGAGGACUACGAGCCCCGUGUUAUCCACCAGUUUCUGGAGCUCUGGUAUCGUUAUGUCGUCGAUGUGUUGACAGAUGCUCAGGUUUACUCGGAGCAUGCUGGGAAAGCUGCGAUCGACACAGAUGAUGUCAAGCUUGCUAUUCAGUCCAAAGUCAACUUCAGCUUCUCACAACCCCCACCAAGAGAGGUUUUGCUGGAGUUGGCAAGGAACAGAAACAAGAUCCCAUUGCCUAAGACUGCCCCAGGUCCCGGUGUUCCUCUCCCACCUGAGCAGGACACACUGAUCAGCCCCAACUAUCAAUUAGCUUUCCCCAAGAAACAGCUUCCACAAGUAGAAGAGACAGACGAAGAUGAAGAAAUGCCUGGUCAGAAUCCUUCUUCACAGGAACCAAGUACUGAUGUGCCUCAACAGCAGCAAACCCCUCAAAGAGUCUCAUUCCCUCUUACCAAACGACCCAAGUGAUAGAUAGCUGAUAGGGUAGGACAGGAAAGUUUUUUUUUCAUGAGUACUCCUUUCUAUGCCUGCACUCAGUUAUAACUUGUAAGAUACAGAUUAGAAGCCUGGGUGCGUCGUCCCAGUUCUAUGUUUAGAUUCUUAUUCGUGCAUUUCCUUUGCAUGUUCGGAGUCGACGUUAUGAGUUCGAGUUAACUGAUUAGAUGGACUGAUAAAGAGCAACUGCUGUUAACAAAUCAGUCAAUUCGGUUAGCAUUCUGUGAUUACUGUAACUCAAUCGUCGGAUCAAGAACUUUGGAUACUGGAACCAGUGACUUGUAGUGUUAUUAAAGAAAACUUGUGGUAAGUG